ACUGGAAUCCUAUUUUAUAGCUACAACAACACAUUUUCUCACUUAUUUAUCAGUAGUAGUUAAUGAUACCCCACUCACUUUGACACUAUCACUGUGUACUCUAUGCUUGACAUUCAGAAACCAGAAUCCAACUUUGUGCUGUCUCAUUUCCCCAUUUUUCUCUUAUUGCUUAACUUGCAAUAAAUAUAUGCCAUUAUAGGCUCACCAUUUUCAACUGGGCCAAUAAAGAUUUCAUCUUUAUAUUCAGGGUUGUGUUGGAGUUGAGCAGAAUCAUUUUGUUGAAGAUGGGGAGUGAAAUGCAGCCCUUUGUUGAGACACCACCCAAAGUGGUGGAACCAAACCGGUAUUCACAUAGGUCAAUUGAGACACUGGUGGUGGUCAUAGCAGUGAUCACAAUAGUGGGUGUGAUUGCAGGAAUGAUUGCUAGACUUUGUGGUGGAAGACACUUUGGGGGCAAUGGGGAGAACGACAUAGAAGGUUGGGUUGAAAAGAAGUGUAGAAGUUGCAUUGAUGGAGGACUUCCACCUCCACCUCCACCAGAAGAACCAAAGCCAGCACCAGCACCAACACCAACACCAGCACCAGCAGAGGAUGCAAGUAAAUGAAUCAGAAAGGCUCUUAUCAGAUGCAUUCUAUUCUAACACAAACAUUGUAAGUCAGUAUAGAAGUUGAUAAAUGCUUGCUUUGGCUAGCCAAGUGAUGAUACAAAUGUUGGGGAAAAGUUACAUAGCUGAUGUAUAGAGUAGCAUUGUGUCAGUUGCAGAACCUAUAUUCAUGUUAGAUUCACCUAGUUGUGCUAUUGAACUUUCUGUUUUGGUUUUAUUUUGUUGCUCAUUCAUUUCUUCUUCUUCAAACACCAUUGUCCCAGUAAAAGAGCUUAUUUCAGUUUCUUCAAACAAAACAUCUUCCAACAUUUGCAGAGAUGUAUAUCAUGCUAGUAGUGCUACUUGGAGAUUCACAGAAUAUUAAUCAACCAAAUUAAAUCUGAAAUUUUGUCUUUGUGCAUUAAAGCCAUUUUUUAUCUGUCUGUAGCUUAUCUUAGUUGAAAGUUGGUUGAAGUGAAGUGAUUGUUUUAGGAAAAGGACACUACAGUUUUUCAGCAUUAUUACAAGAGAUUUAUUUUUGAAAUAUGACACUGUUGU